AUGAACCACCCUCGCCUGCUCCAGCUCAGCCGCACCCCACCACGGCCAGCGAUCCGCCCCGCCCAGCACACCAGCCUCACCAGCCGAGCCUACUCGGACCAGCAGCACGCCCUGAAUCGGCUGCGGGCCAGGCUAAAGAACACCAAGACGAACUGGAAGCCCAUCCCGCUCUGGAUCGGCGCAUCCCUCCUCGGAGUCCUCGCCCUCCUCAAGAAACACUCCGGCCAGGACCAGCACCAGCAAGCCGUCGCCAGCCGCCCACCCCCAGCGCCCGUCAAGAUCGAAGGGCCAUGGCAGGUCCAUGUCCUCGGCGCCCUCCCCCUCAGAACCAUCUCCAGACUCUACGGCCUCAUCAAUAGCUACACCCUGCCCAUCUGGUUCCGCGUCCCGGGCUACAAACUCUAUUCUUGGAUAUUCGGCGUCAAUCUCGAGGAAGCCGAGGUUGAGGACUUGAAGGAAUACAAAUCACUGAACGACUUUUUCAUGCGCAAGUUGAAGGCCGACUGUCGCCCGAUCGACCCUCAUGCCAUCCUCACCUCUCCCUCCGACGGCAAAAUCAUCAACUUCGGGACGAUCGAAGGCAGACGAGUCGGCUCGGUCAAAGGCCUAUCGUAUUCCGUUGAUGCAUUGUUGCUCGGGCAGAACGAGCGGAAGCAGAUAACUGACGGUAUCGCAGGGAAGGAGCGGUCGUCAGAAGAAAGCCAAGUCUCGGACGUGCGCUUUGCGAACAUCAACGACAUUUCGUACUCGGUGGAUGAGCUGAUGGGCAGCUCGGAGAAGGCGCAGGAGGAAGACCAGGUGGCCUCCUCCCCGCCCGUCGGCGCUGGCCCCGGGCUCGCUUCCGCCGUCAAGGUCCACGCCGAUAUCGUCCGCGGGCAGCUCGAAAACCUGCCUAGCUCAGGCAACCGCAUGUUCUUCUUCGUCGUCUAUCUCGCCCCCGGGGACUACCAUCGCUUCCAUUCCCCCGCCGACUGGAAGGUCGAGCGUCGGCGUCACUUUGCUGGAGAGCUCUUUUCCGUCUCGCCCUGGAUGGCGGGCAAGCUCGCGGAUCUGUUCGUGUUGAAUGAGCGGGUAGCCUUGCUGGGCAGGUGGCGGCACGGCUUCUUUUCGAUGACCCCGGUCGGCGCAACCAACGUGGGCUCUAUCCUCAUCAACUUCGACCGCGAGCUGCGGACGAACCGAGUGGACCGGCGCUGCCACGAGGAAGUGGUCUAUGCGGCCACCGGCCUCCUCGACGGACAGAUCCUGGCCAAGGGCGCUGAGGUCGGCGCGUUCUCCCUCGGAAGCACCAUCGUCCUCGUCUUCGAGGCCCCCGAACAGUUCCAGUUCUCCGUGAAGAAAGGAGAGCCCGUUCGCGUCGGUCAGGCUAUCGGUAACAUCUAG